AUGGAGGUCGAGGGUGGAGCAGAGCUCUGCUUUCCAGAACUCCUCAACGCCUCCUGCAGGAAGCCGGCGCCUCCCGGGUCUGAAGCUGUGCUCCUGAACGUUCUGCUGUCCUCCGUCUCUGUGCUCACUGUAGCUCUCAACCUGCUCGUCAUCAUCUCAAUCUCCCACUUCAGGCAGCUCCACACACCCACUAACAUCCUCCUCCUCUCUCUGGCUGUCUCAGACUUUCUCGUGGGCCUCCUGCUGAUGCCGGGAGAAAUCCUCCGUGAAACAGCCUGUUGGUUUCUUGGUGAUCUGAUGUGUUCUCUGAAAAAGUAUGUGUCCUUCAUCAUUACCUCGGCCUCAGUGGGAGACAUGGUGCUCAUAUCCAUCGACCGUUAUUUGGCUAUUUGUGACCCUCUGCAUUACACCAGCAGAGUCACUGAGAGAAGAGUUAAACUCUGUGUGUGUUGGCUCUGCUCUGUUUUCUACAGCAGUGUCUUUGUAAAGGACGACCUGACUCAUCCAGACAGACAUCAUUUCUGUUAUGGUGAAUGUGUGAUUGUCACUGAUUAUAUUACAGGAACUGUUGACCUUGUUUUGACCUUUUUUGUUCCCAUUACAGUCAUUACAUUUCUGUACAUGAGUGUAUUCAUGGUGGCUGUGUCUCAGGCUCGUGCCAUGCGCUCUCACAUUACAGCCGUCACACUCCAGCAUUCAGAGACUCCAACAGCAAAGAAAUCGGAGCUGAAAGCAGCCAGGACGCUUGGUGUUCUUGUAGCUGUGUUUCUAAUGUGUUUCUGUCCAUUUUACUGUGUUUCUCUUGCAGGGGACGACUUACUCAAUAGCUCAUCUGCAUCCUUUGUGCUCUAUCUCUUCUAUUUUAACUCCUUUGUAAACCCAUUGAUCUACGCCUUGUUUUACCCCUGGUUCAGAAAAGGUAUUAAACUCAUUGUGACUCUUCAGAUCCUGCAGCCUGGUUCCCGUGAGGCCAACGUACUGUAG